GAGGCGGGCUCUGUAUGUGUUCUGCACAACGAUAGGAUGAGGGCGUUUCCGCAGUACUGGAAGACGUGAGUUGACGUUCAGCGCUGUAAAAGGAGUUACAGCACAGAAACAGUCCUUCAGUUUGAGGUUUUGGACAUUUACUCAAAAUAUAAAGAAAAUGGCUCAGUGGUGCCAGCUUCAGAUGUUGGAAGGUAAAUACCUGGAGCAGGUGGACCAACUGUACGACGACUCCUUCCCCAUGGACAUCAGACAGUACCUGAGCAGAUGGAUUGAAAGCAUUGACUGGGACACAGUAGCAAUUCAGGAUUCUCUGGCCACCGUUCGCUUCCAUGACCUCCUGGCUCAGCUGGAUGACCAACACAGUCGCUUCGCUCUAGAGAACAACUUCCUGCUGCAGCACAACAUCCGCAAGAUCAAGAGAAACCUACAGGAUCGGUUCCAGGAAGAUCCAGUCCACAUGGCCAUGAUUAUCUCCAAAAACUUAGGGGAGGAGCGAAAGAUCCUAGCAACUGCGAAGAGUGCAGAGGAAGAGGGUGAAGUGUUGGUGUCACCCAUGGUGGUGGAGAAACAGAAGCUGGACAACAAGAUGAAGGAGAUAAAAGACAGAGUCCAGUGCGUGGACCAGAACAUAAAGAACGUGGAAGAUCUGCAGGACGAGUAUGACUUUAAGGUCAACACGCUGAAGAAUAGAGAGAAUGAAAUGAAUAGCAUGGCACAAAAGGAGCUGGAGAAAGAAAAGUUACUGAUCGGGAGAAUGUGCCUGGAACUAAAGGCUAAACGAGAGGAUGUGGUGACCCAGCUGAUGGACCUCCUGAACCACAUUCAGGCCUUACUCUCUGACUUAAUCUCAGAGGAACUGCCAGAGUGGAAACAGCGGCAGCAGAUCGCCUGCAUUGGUGGCCCACCCAAUGCCUGUGUGGACCAGCUGCAGAACUGGUUCACGGCAGUAGCAGAAAGUCUGCAGCAGGUACGUCAACACCUCAAGAAGCUGCAGGAGUUGGAACAAAAGCUAACCUAUGAGAACGACCCCAUCACACUGAGAAAGGCAUUCCUCGAGGCCAGAGCUCUGGAACUGCUCAAGAGCCUUCUUAUCAACUCACUGGUUGUAGAGAGGCAGCCCUGCAUGCCUACACACCCACAGAGACCUCUGGUCCUGAAAACAGGCGUCCAAUUCACAGUCAAAUUGCGGUUCCUGGUGAAGUUGCAGGAGUUCAACUACCAACUCAAAGUGAAGGCCCUGUUUGAUAAGGAUGUUACAGAAAAGAAAGGGUUCCGGAAAUUCAAUAUUUUGGGAACAAACACCAAAGUCAUGAACAUGGAAGAAUCCAAUGGCAGUUUGGCAGCAGAAUUUCGACAUUUGCAACUGAAAGAGCAAAAGGUGGCUGGAAACAGAAAUGAGGGUCCUCUGAUUGUCACAGAGGAGCUUCACUCGCUCAGCUUUGAGUCGGAGCUCCAGCUCAGCCAAUCAGGACUCAACAUUAAACUGGAGGCCAUGUCUCUGCCUGUUGUCGUCAUCUCCAAUGUCUGUCAGCUGCCCAGCGGUUGGGCAUCCAUCCUCUGGUACAACAUGUUGACCACUGAGCCCAAGAACCUGAAGUUCUUCAUGUCUCCUCCUUCUGCCAAGUGGUCUCAGCUGUCUGAAGUUCUUAGCUGGCAGUUCUCUUCUGUCACUAAACGGGGCCUAAACCAGGAGCAGCUAAACAUGCUGGCGGACAAACUACUAGGGGCUAAAGCCAAGGGGAACCCAGAGGGGCAGAUUCCCUGGACUAAGUUCUGCAAGCAGAGUGCUAACGAGAAAGCUUUCCCGUUCUGGUUGUGGAUUGAAGGAAUCUUGGACUUGAUUAAAAGACACCUGCUCUCACUCUGGAAUGAUGGCUUCAUCAUGGGUUUCAUCAGUAAGGAGAGGGAAAAAGCUCUGCUGAGCGACAAGUGCCCCGGAACUUUCCUGCUUAGGUUUAGCGAGAGCAGCCGAGAAGGAGCCAUCACCUUCACUUGGGUGGAGCUCGAUGUCCACGAUAAGUCAGUGUUCCACUCAGUGGAGCCUUACACAAAGAAAGAGCUGGGUGCAGUUUCUCUGCCUGACAUCAUUCGCACCUACAAAGUGAUGGCCACUGAUAACAUUCCUGAAAACCCGCUCCGCUUCCUGUACCCUGACAUCCCCAAAGACAAGGCCUUUUUGAAGUACUACCCCAAACCUGCAGAGUCUCCAGAACCUAUGGAUGUGGAGAGCACAGAAAAAAGAGGCUACAUGAAAACGGAGCUCAUAUCUGUGUCAGAAGUACAUCCAUCCAAGAUGCAUGACAACAUGAUGCCCAUGUCUCCUGACGACUACAGGGUUUUGGAGCAGUUCGUGGGACCCAGGGACAUUGAUGCUGUAAUGAAUGCAGACUUUCCCAGUGAUAACUGAGAAGCGUGUCUUCUAAUCAUUGUAAGACUACUCGUUUUAGUUUCUACAUUGCAGGAAUCCCAUCAUCACUGAGUCCUAUCAUAAUCAUCAGGACCAAAGUUGUGGUUAAGCUCAUGGAUGGGGCUUUUGUUCUUAGUGUUUGGAAUCUGUGUUCGUUAAGUACAGAAACGGUGUGUGCAACUGUGUUUUCUUAGUUUUGGUUGCAUGGAACCCAGAAUGGGUAUUGUCCCAACACUCCUCCAAUCACAAGUCUGUUCCUUUAAACAUUGGGCUACAUGUUGAUAUUGGGAGCUGCACAAAAGUAUUUUUUUGACAUUCAAUAAGUGCUAAGCACAUUGGCUAAACCCUGGAGCUACGGAAUCUGAUGCGAUGGAAAACAGCUUUAUUUUCUUUGUGUUUUUUUUUUUUUUUAACAUCCAAAUUUAAUUCUGUCCAGCUAUUUUUAUCAUUUCACUUGUUUCUGUGUAGCUGAUGUGUUACAGAGUAGCUCUAAACAUCCAAGGUGAGGAUGAAAAAUUCAACCUAAGUGUGAGCAUGAACUGGUUUGAAGAUUUCUAAUCUUUUUGUUUUAAACUGCACAAAAUUAAAAAAGAGUACUACUAAUUUGAAUAAAUUCCUAAGAAAAUUCCCACCACAGUCACCUGAAGUUAAUGUAAGUUAUCCUUAAACACUGUCACUUUAUUUUGUUUUAUUUUUUCUCUUGAUGUGAUAAAUGUGAUUUCACUUCCUAAAAAAUAACUACAGUGACACAGUGAAAAUUACAAAUGUGAUUCUGCUUCUUUUUAUUUAAACUCUGUUGCAGUUGUUAAUAGAUAAAGAAAACGCAAUGGUUCUUUGUUUCAGUUGAACCAAGACAUGUUAUAACAGCUAUUAAAGGCCUUAUAUGGAUGUAGCA